AUGACCAAUAAGAGUUACCCAAUGGGAUUCAUCCUUCUUGGCUUUUCUGAGUGGCCACAGCUAGAAAUGGUUCUCUUCUGGAUUGUGAUUCUCUUCUAUACUAUGAUUAUCUUUGGAAAUGUGACCAUCAUCUUGAUCUCUUGUAUGGAUCCUCGUCUCUACACCCCCAUGUACUUCUUUCUAAGCAACCUUUCCUUCUUAGAGCUCUGUUUCACCACAACCAGUGUGCCACAGAUGCUAUCCAACUUAUGGGGGGCAGACAAGAGUAUCACAUACACAGGUUGUGUCAUACAACUUUGUGUGUUUCUUUGUCUUGGUGCCACUGAAGGCAUCUUGUUGGUGGUGAUGGCAUUUGACCGCUAUGUUGCAAUCUGCCAACCCCUGCGUUACAGUAUCAUUAUGAACCCUCCACUCUGUUGGAAACUGGCAGUCAUAGCCUGGUUGUCUGGCCUGAUAGAGUCUAUGAUUCAAUCUUCCAUCACAUUCCAGCUGCCUUUCUGUACUCAUCAUCGCCUGGAUGAUUUUCUUUGUGAGGUUCCUGCCCUCAUACGACUGGCCUGUGGAGACACCUCUGCCAAUGAGUGGCAGAUGACCAUUUCUGCUGUCCUUUUCACCAUUGUCCCAGUGGGACUGAUCUUGACUUCUUAUGGCUACAUAGGUCAAGCCAUAGGAAAAAUCCAAUCAGAGGAGGGAAGACAGAAAGCAAUAGCCACCUGUUCCUCCCACCUCAUCGUUGUCUUCAUGUUUUAUGGGACAGUGGCCAUAGUUUACACAGACCCAAAGAACCAUUUUGCAUCAAAACAUGGCAAGUUCUUCACCUUCUUCUAUACUGUGGUAACACCUUUAUUGAACCCUCUCAUCUAUACCCUGAGGAACAAAGAAGUGAAAAAUGCCUUGCAAAGACUAUUGAGAAAAAGAUUUAGCUUACAAAAAAUGUGA